AUGACGGUAUUUGGGUUUCCAAAGAGUUUUUAAGUUUAUUUUUCGCAUUUUUAGUGUAUUGAAUGCGGUGGGGCCGUUUCCCCGGGUAGUGAACAAUGCGAAGAUUGUAAGCACGGUCGGCUGACAGGAAAUUUAACACUACAGGUUUUCUUGAAGAUGUUGAAAAUGAUUUUGAAAAAAAAAAUGAUUUUUUAGAGUGCAGUUGACAUGAUUCGGUGCAAUCGUUGUGAGGGCCAGAUUCUGCCUUCACAGUUGACGGGCACUCGUUUGUGUUCAAAUUGUAACAAGUGAGGGAGUUUUCUCGAUAAAAAGAUAAUUUUGAUGAUUUUCAAGACGAACCCACAUCGCUUGUGAUUCAUCUGAGCAUGGGAUCGGAUUUGUCUGCAUAACUUGUCGUCAGUCGCCUUUAGUCGGCGAUGUCAUGUUUUCCGCUCCGCAUUCGCCCUUCGCCCAUGUCUCCAGAGGUUUGUUUUAAUAUUUUUUAUCGUUCUUUCUUCAUUUUGGAGAGUUAUUUUUGAACCAUAUUGCGUUUUUUGAAAUUUUUCUCACUAGGUUUUGGUUUCUUGUUUUUUUUUAUUAUCUAGUUUAACUUCUUAAAAAAGUCUUUGAAAACUCGUUUGAAUACGUUUCAAAAUCAUUAUAUGGGACUAUCUAUUAGGGUUUUUUUGGUUACUUCACAGCACAAAGUCAUUUGCUAGUUUUUCAAGCUUUAUUGCUUGAAUUUGCUGUUUUUCCUGUCGAAAAAUUUUUGUCUGUUUUCAAUUCUUUUCGAAUUUUUUUGGAUCCAAUUGUUAUUUUUGAAUAUAUUUAAUCUCAAUUUGGUUUAAAAUGUCAUCAAAAUCUUUCAAAUUAAAGUUUUUAAGAACUUUCUUUCAACUUCAUUUUUCAACAGUUCCAGAAAAUUAAUUUAUGUUAAAAAAAAGUUUGGCAUUUUUGUUUCGCAUCACUGUUUCCCGUUUCAAAUAUUAUUCCAUAUGAAGAAUUUCAUCCCGUUUAUCUUAUUGCAUCUUUAGAAAAUAUCGCUCAACCCUUUAGAAUCCCCAAAAAAGAAUAAUUUGGCCAUUUAUCAGGAAAAUAAGCAAAAAUUUAAAUGCCCUUCCUUGUUAUAACGAACUCCCCGCAAUAUUGUCACGUUUAAAAAAAGUUGGAGUAACUACAGUAUGUAGAGCUUUUUUCGCUUCAAGACCUAGGAUCGUAAAGUAUACGGUAUCAUAGCCAUAACAACGUGACAAGCCAAGGGAUAGACUUUUUUACGUUUGAUCCAUGUCAAUAUCAUCUUCAUUUUCCAGCCCUCAACCCACACGAAGUGCUGGCCGGACCAUCGAUGGUUCUUUCGGGAAUCCCGGCCAUGCAGCACGCGUUGAGCAACGCCGUCGCCGCCGUCGGAGCCGACAUCGCCGCCAUGGGCGACUUUUCGGAGAUCUAUCAGCAGCUUGCUGAAGAAAUCAACUCCCCUGCCACGACCAGUGAUAGCAAUAGGAAUUCUCCCUCUUUCUAUCCGGAAAAUUCGCCGUCCGACGUUGAUGACGAUUUCGUUCCUGGAAGGUGGGUUUUCUAGAAGAAAAAGAAGCCUAGGAAGGUCCUAAACAAGGUCGAUUACUGUUUUUUUCAUAGAAAAUGAUCUAAAAAUUUAAGGUUCUUUCAUGGUUUUUUGAAGAUCCACAAGUUGAAUAUAAAUUUUCUUCAGUUUGAAUUGAUUUUUUCAAGUCAAAACGUCAUUUUGGAGCUUGAAACGUCAGUUAAUAGCUACAGUAUCUCCAAAAAACCUUUCUUAGUCUCUAAAACGAGUUCGAUUACCCUUUUUCAUAGAAAAUGAUCUGAAAUUUGAGGUUCUUUUAUGGUUUUUCUAGAAAGUCUCGAGUUUAAAGGAGUCUUUUCUCAGUUUGAACGGGAUUUUUCGAAAUCAGAACGUAUUUUUAAUCUAGAAAUGUAGUCAGGGAGCUAGGAACGAUUAUUGGAUGCUAUAGUAUCCCCAAAAAACCAUUUUCGGUUUUUGAAACUAGUUCGAAUAAUUUUUUUAUAGGAAAUCUUCUGAAAUUUGAGGUUCUUUUAUGGUUUUUCUAGAAAGUCUCGAGUUUAAAGGAGUCUUUUCUCAGUUUGAAUAGGAUUUUUCGAAAUGAGGACGUUAUUUUUAAUCUAGAAAUGUAGUCAGGAAGCUAGAAACGAUUAUUGGAUGCUAUAGUACCCCCAAAAAAACCUUUUUUUCGGCUUUUUGAAACUAGUUCGAUUAAUCUUUUUUUCAUAAAAAAACCUUCUAAAAUUUGAGAUUCCUUCAGAAAUUGUCGUUGAAUACGCGGUUUUUUUAAAAAAAUAAAACUAGUUUUCGUCAUUUUUUUAUUAGAUUUUUUUGUGAAAGGUUGUUUUGGAGCUAGAAACGUUACUUAAGAGUUAUAAUCUUCCCAAAAAAAUUAAAAACUUUCUUCAGGUUUUUUUGAAGACUGGAUAGUAUUUUUUUGACCUAAAAAAAUAUGAACUAAAAAGACUGAAAGGUCAAAAAAGCUCCUAAACUAGUUUGAUCACCCUUUUCAACAGAAAAUCAUCAAAAUUUUGAUCUUCUAUUAUGGUUCUUUGAAAAGUAUCAAAUUGUAUAUUAAUUUUUCGUUUUUUUGAGCUGGAAACGUUACUUAUAAUCUUCCCAUAAACUUUUUGUUAUUGGCUUUUUUAAGGCUUAAGAGUAUGUCUUGACCCAAAAAGUACGAGAAUAUAAACGGAAAAAUGGAUUUUCUUACUGCGAAUUAAACAUUUUGCACGCUUCUUUGAAAAAAAUCAUUAAAAAAACUCGCUUUUUUUAUCUCAAAAAGCUCCCUUGAUCUAAAUUUUUAGUAUAAUUUCGAAUAAUGAUCAUAUAAAAAUAAUAGAUAGUGAGGAUUUUUUUCUAGCCAUUAAAUGAAUUAUCAAGCUUUUUCAAGUUUUUUUGAAUCGAUUUCAAAAAGAUAAAAAAAUUUAUAAUGCCGUGUUCAAAAUAAUUUCCGCGAAAUGCAAAAUUAUCUCUGUAUCUACAAGUUUUAGUUAUUUUUUCUUUCUCUGACGGCUCAUUUUGAACAAGGCAUAAUUCUCGAUUACCUGUUAAAAAGAAGAAUAUAUUCAGCUUCAGAGUUCCCGGAAUAAGAGGUCGGGGCGGAGCCAAGAAAAAGCCGCCUCGUGGAGCGUCGUUCCUCAAAAUUCGAUCAAGUACCAUCCCGGCGACGGGAAUGUUCACAGCCGAGCAGCUCGCCGCGAUAACGUCGGCGACAACGCGUGGGAAGCGCGGCAAACGCGGAUCUUCGACCAAAGGACCUGGCAAAGGGACUGGCAGGGGACGCGGAAGGGGAAGGUUCGUGGUAAAAAAGUCAUUUUCAGUGUUUUUAAGAAAUUUUGUUGUUUAGGAACUAAUUCAAAGGGCUGAAUCUUUAGAAAAUUCUAGUUUUAUGUGCAUUUUGAGUCAAAAUUUUUGGCGCUUUUUUGAAAAAAAAAUAGAUUGAGUAUAUUUUUUUUCUUUUAAAUCUGAUAGCAUAGAGAAUGGCUCAACGCGUUGCGGUUCUAGUCAGACAGAAAAAAGCCACUAACUGUGUAGAAGUUCGAGUACCGGCUGGCGAAAGUCGCAUUUGGUCGGUCGCAUAUUCCUAGCGACCGCGUUGCAGCCGUUUCGCGUUCAGCCAUUCCCCGUGCGAUCCAAAACUUUAAGAUAACAAUAUUUGUAACGAGUGAGUGAUUGAAGUGAAAAUAAUUAUAUAAAUAAGUUAAUUGAAAAUCAAUUUUUGAGCUUUUUGAAACCACUUAGGAAUGGCAGAGUGGUCCCUAUAGGGAUUUGGAGAAAAAAAGGCCCCUAAAAAGAGCCGAACAAGUGGUCCCUAUAGGGGUAAAUUUUAAGUUGUUCCUCAAGGAGUUUAGGGUCUAAACCCUAAGCCUUUGAAGCUCAAGCGGUCCUUUUAGAGUUUCAAAUAUUCAUUCCUAAUUGAAAAAAAAUUUUGAUCAAUUUAUCCUCUGUUGAUUUUUUCUUCAAAAACGCUAUUUUUUUUGAGUUUUCUGCAUGAAAAUGCUUCCUCAUUCGGCUAGCAUGUCCCCUAUAGGAGCCACUUUUGCAAGCUUCAGUGAUCCCUCUAAGUGGAGGGAAAGUGGUCCCUAGAGUGGAAAUUUCAAAGAUCCCUAUAGGGAGCACUUUGGAGUUUCUUAGCAAGUAAAAUGUUUGAAAAAUAUUCGAAAAGUUGAUUCUGAAGAGUAUAGGAAGAAAGAAAGCAAUUUUAAAUAGAUUUCGAAGAUUUUAUUGCCAAAAAAAAAAACCAAAAUUCAUAUUUUCAGAGGUUCCUCGCUGCAAAUGACGCAGUCGAUGACCAUGCAGCAGAUUCUGAUGCACCAGCAACCGUCGCAGAACGUCAUCCGCGAAGUCGACGAGUCUCUGAUCGACGAAGAACCUCGACAUCACUCCUCGAGGUCCGACGACGAAUACGUCCGGACCAUCGUCGUCUGCGACUCCAGUGACCCUUUCCUUCAGAAGGUUCAGGAAAAAAAACGGAGGAAUUCAUCAAAAUCCGAAUCUUCCAGGCCUGUCUCUGCCUGGUGUGUGGAGCAGUUGGUAAGGGACCCGAAAAUUCGAUGGUCGCCUGUUCGAACUGCGCCCAGACCUUUCAUACCUACUGUGUGGGCCUGCAUGAUAAGGUUUGUGAGAGAAGAGGGGGGGAUCGAAUUUUUUUCAGUUCAAAAAGUCGUUUUAUGGGAAAAAAAUUGAAUUUUUUUCCAGCUUGAAAUGUCGAGUUUUUUUGUGAAAAAAAUUGAUAAAGAACAGAUUUUUCCUCAAUGAAAUGCUCCGUGUUCAAUUAUUUCAACAGAUUUUCGAAAAUUUCCGACUUUUUUUUUGGUUUUUAUGGCUUUCUCGAGGCGAAAAUCGUGACUUUCUUAUAAAAAAAUUCCGUUUUUUUCCCAUUUUUUUAAUGGUUUCUUCAAGAUGAAAAAUUGGGAUUUUUUUGAAAAUAUGUGAUUUUUUUCUUGUUUUUCAUGGCUUUAUUAAAUGAUGAAAGUGUUACUUUUUUUCAAAGUAAUGGUAAAAAAAUGGCACAGGAUGAACUAUUAUUCUUAUCUUUUCUUAUUGAAAUCUUUUUUUGCUUUGAAAUUAGCAUUUUAGAACGUUUUGUCAAAACAUUUCUUUUUCCACUUGAUUUGUUAGGAGAAAAAACAGAUAAAGGCGGGAAAAGAUGAAAAAGGGAGGUUCAAAGAAGUUUUUGACACCUUUAUAAGAACACAAAAAGGAGCUCCAGGCCAUAAAUGGGUAAGUACAAAGCUCAUUCUGUCCGGGAAGAUGGGUUGGAAUACAAAAAUUUGGAAAAUAAUGAAUAAAAUUAAGUUUCAAAUUUGGAUAGACAGUUUAAGCCACAGUUAGACCAGUUUCAGUCUCAGGAAAGUAGAAAUAAUUUUAGUUUUGGAAACAUUGGAAGGAGUAUUUGUCGGCCUGCAAAAAAUGCUCUAGGCUCUUUUUUUGAGGCCUUUUGGACUUUGCCCGAGAUUAAUUCAUAUUCUUUUUUUAUUUUUUUGUAUUUCAUUAUAUAUUCUUUUUUAUAUUUUUUUGUAUUUCAUUAUAUAUUUUUUUUUUGUUUGUAUUUUAUCAUAUAUUUUUUUGCAGCUCAACGCGACUUUGGUCUUCCGUGGCUGGCGAUGCCUCGACUGUACGGUUUGCGAAGGUUGCGGCGAGGGAAAGGACGAAUCGAAGCUACUUCUGUGCGAAGAAUGCGACGUCUCCUAUCAUAUUUAUUGCCUGAAACCGCCCCUCGAAAAAAUUCCCAGCGGCCCCUGGCGGUGUCAAUGGUACGUUGAUAGCUGAUUUUAAAUUUUUUCUUUCAAAAAAUCAAGGAAAGAUAUCUCAAAAAUUUCCUGACUUUGAAACGAAUGAAGAAGAAAAAAAUCCUAACCUCCUGCAAAAUUUUAUUCAAAGGGAAAAUUUGCUUUUUUUGAAAUAACUCAUCAGAAAAUUACAUCGGAAAGCUCAAUUUCUUCCAUUAUUUAAUUAUUUUAAAUAUUUAAACUUCGUUCCUGUUUUUUUAGUUCAACUCGUCCUUUUUUUAUCCAGCUUCCUUAUUAAAUGUUACAGAAAAACGCGUUUUUAAUCACUUUUCCUUAGUUAAAAUUGAUAAAAAAACCGGGAAAAAGCUGAUAAAGAUUCCUUUUUUUGUAUUUCUUUUUUUCAAAGAAAAAAAUACUUGAAUUUUUCAAAAUUUAACUUUUUGAGCUGAAAUUUUUUUAUUCCCUCUGAGGGUGAGUAAAACGUCGAAAGUUCGAGAAUCCAAAAACAAAAAAUUUUUUUUUGAUGCUUUUGAUUCAGAUACAUAAAAUUGCGCAGAAUUUUACCUCACACUUUAUGAAUUUUUCAAAAUUAAGGUGCGCAAGAUGCCGUCGAUGCGGCUCCAAAGUCGAUUCCGGCACCGAUUUAACACGAGAAGGCCUUUGUAUCCCCUGCCAUUCACUACGAAAAUGUCCCAAAUGCGUCAAAUUUUACAAUAUUGGCGACAAAAUCAUCCGAUGCAGCGCUUGUUCGAGGUUCGUUUUAUUUUAGCUUGAUUUUGACGUAAUUUUCUCGAAAAAAUAUUUUUAUGGAUGGUUUUUAACGGUAUUUUUUUAGUGUUUUUUAAUAGUUUUUUGUAAAAAUCAUAAAUUUUUCAAGUUUUUUUGAAAUGAAGAACUUUGAGAUCAUCUUGAUUGAAAUCUAUUUAAGAAAUUAGGGUUUCAAAAUGAAGUUAAAAGCGCGGAACUUCACAUUUUUUCACGAAAUCGAACUGAAAUUAUAAAUAUCAGUCUAUAUCAGUCGGUUCAUUCAUUGCAUCAACAGUUUCAUUUUUUUAUAAUUUUUUUCUGAUUCGUUAGUUUCUAUUUUUGAAAUUUGAAACGCUUUAUAGGCGUCAAAAUGAACCUUUUAUUAUACGUUGAGUAAAAAAACUCUAAGAAGAAAUUUUUGUGUUAAUUUACUUAUUCUUUUUAAAUUAUUUGUUUCUGUUAAAUAACGACAGUGAAUAAACUAUUAUAUUAUUCUAUUAUAUUAACAAAAUAAAUUCGAGAAAUCUUAUCUUAAAAAUAGUGUUAGAAGCCGAAAAAAAAAAAUCACGGUUUGAGUAUCAAGAACUUGUAAUUCUUCUCAAAAUUUCUCAACUUCUACGUUUAGUUUAUCAGAACCUCUUCCGUAUGAAAAAUUAUCUCAAAGCUUUUUCAUAUUGCUUAAAAGUCGGCGAGAGUACAGAUUCUGAUCAUUCAUAAUGAAGGAAAUUGAAAUAAGAUCGAAAAAUCGCUUUUUAAAAUGGAUAGCUUGCGGAUUAGCCCAUGUAUGCUUCGAAGUUUAUGCGGGGAAAAAAUCAUGCAUCACUUCAGAUGGUACCACGGCACUUGCGAAGGUUUGUUCAGCGACGAAAUGCUGGAACAAGCGGCCGCCAAUAAAUUACGCUGUUCGAAUUGUCGACCGUCCCGGGGCUCAAUGCACCACAUGCUGGGUUUUGCUGACUCUAGUUGAAAAUAAUUAUUGCAUCUUCUUGUAGGCGAUAAUUCGAACGUGGUUCUUUGUGACAACGUCGCGCUGAACAAGGCGGCCGAAGAAGUCCUCAAAUCGAAGUUCAUGCCCAGCCUCUGUCGGCCCAACGCCAUGGAGUACGGUCAUCGGGACUCUUUCGAUCAUUGUGAGUUUUUUCAAAGACAGAAGACUUUCAGAAUUGACAGAGGGCUUAUUUUAUGAUAUUUAGAUGGUUUAAUGCAAUGAUAAUAAUUAAUUUUUAUUUUUCCUUGACGCUCCCAAUUUUUAUUUUUAUUUUUUCAGCUUUCGAUACCGUUCUUUCGUUAUUUUUUUCUUUCUUGAGAUUAAAAAAAUGAAUUUUGAUUAUUUUUUUCUCUUUUUUUCAAUUUCAAAUCGCUCUAAUUCAUUGAAAUAUAUUUCAAAGCUCAUUUUAUCGGCCAUUUAUUUUUUUCAUAGGAAAAUCAGUAUUUUAAUAUGAUUUUUUUGGUUUUUUGUCAAGAAAAAAAUGGUAUCUCCUUGCGUUUGAAGUUUAUUUAGAUACAUUUUGGAGCCUAGGAUAAUUAAUAGUUGGAAUUGACGUUCCUUAGCCUUUUAUAUUUUGAAAUUUGCGUAUCAGUUUGCUUUGAAAUAACUGGAUUUCAAAAUGAUGAAAUAAAAUCCGUCAAUUUUUUGCAAGGAUUGAAACGAACACCUUUUUUUGAACUAAUGCGCGAUGUUCGAAAAAAAAGCCUGAAAAUCUAGCGAUUUUCGAAGAGGAACAUUUUUAAAUGAAGUUUUCUUGUUUUGAAUAUUUAUUUGGAAGCAAGAUCAAAGAAAAAUGGACAAGAACUAAGAUUUAAAAAAGGGAAAAAAGGUGAUCGACCUGCAACAAAUAGAAUGCCAUUAUUUUCGUUUUCUACAUACUGAAAAUAUGUGUGCGGUUUCAAAAACUUUGGUAACAGAAUCGCAAAAAUGGAUAUCUCGCUCUUGUCUCGUAGCCCCGAUUUUUAAAGAAAUAGUCAAGUUAUGAACGUUUUCAGACGACGACUUCAACGAGGACUUUGAAUACCCGGGAAGCAGUCGGGGUCGAGGCGGUGGCGGUCGUGGCGGAGGCCCCGGCAGGAGGAUAGCCAAACUCGGCAUCGGAGGCUUCUACGUCAAGAUCCCACGUCAUCGGAUGCUCGCCUUCGUGGAAGAAGCCGCGGCCUCAAACGCCGGCGAAGAAGACGACGUCAAGCGGAUGAAGCGCCCGCGGAAGCCCCGACGGAGCCAGCUGGAGGACGCCUAUCCGCCGGCGAUCCAGGAGGGAUUCUUCGGAAUCAAGGCCGUCGAGGGCAAGACUCUCGUCGAUCUCGCCAUCGAAGAACCGCUUCUCGCCGAGUACGGCAAUGGGAGGACCUCCCAGCAUGAAGGGACGGGUCACGAGUUGUCGACUGAGGCGACGGAGAUGCUUAGGAAUGACAUGAAUGAGGUGAAUAUUGAAAGGGAUGGGAUUCAUGAAUAAGCUCCAAAAAAAGUAGCAUAAGCCUAGGAAUGACGGUGAUAAACGGAGUGAAGUAGAAUAUUUGCAGCUUUGAAAAAGAAAACGGGAAUAAGAGCAGCUUUAACCUAAGAAUGGCAUGAAUGAGUUGAAUAUUAAAGGGACACGAAAACUUAUGGGAAAGCUUUGAAAAAAAGGUAAGAAUAUAGCGAAGCUCUAGCCUAGGAAUGACAUGAAUGAGGUGAUUAACUGAGUAAAACAGAAAAUUUGGAGCUUCGAAAAAGAACACAGGAAUAAGAGAAGACUAUAAAAAAAAAAUCGAGACAGUAUGUUAAAAAAAAAGAGUACGGAAAGGCCUAGGAAUGAUGGGAAUGAGAUGAUUAUUGGAGGAAAAAAGUAAAAAUAGACUGUGUGUAAUUUUUUUUUUUACAGUAAAAGGAAGGAUUAUUUUUUGAAAACUGAGGCCACCAUAGAAGAGCCAAUUCAUUAAGAAAAAUCAGCAAAAAAGGAGUUUUUGAGUGAGAAAUUUCAAUUCGCUGGGGAUAUCAGUAAUCAAAAAAGAGAAACAUUAACACGUGUAUAGAGAAAAAUAAGAAUUUGAAAAAAAUUUGAAUAAUGAGCUUUCUGUAACUACCUUGAUAAAAACACGGAAAAGUUCAAAUUUUUUCUGAAGGAAAAAUGAAUUUCUCGAUUGAACAAAAAUUUUUUUGAAGUUGUGAUGAAGCUUUUUUUAAAAAAAGGAGUGAAUUGAUUUUUUUAAAGAACAAACUUUCUAUUGAGCCGUAAUGAAUUUCGCAUUCUUUGAAGCAAUUUUUUUUGAUCGUUUCAGGAGAAAUUCCGGUCAAAAUAGCAUAAUUUGUUGAAAGUUUACAUAAGCUCAUCCAUAGAGAAAAAAAAAGUCAUUACUAUUUUUCCUGUAACGCAUUUACGGAUCAUCUGUAACUUAAAACCCUUCAUGAGUGUAGAAGAAACUAUUUUUGAACCGAAACAACGAAAAAAUGUAUUUAUCUAGGUUGACAUCCUGGACAGCUUGGAUCUCCAUGACGUCGAAGGAGAAAUCGACAAAAUGGACCUUUCUCUGUUCUGUAUGGACGAGGAGGACGAAGACGACUUUGAUGACAGUUUGAAUGGUUUUCGUCGAGAAAUCAGUUUUUUUAACAGCUACGUUUCCAGAUGCGAUGGACCUGAUGCAAAAAGACGGAUUCGAUCCGUCGGCCGAAGUCGAUCUCAACGACAUCAAGCCGACUGUCGACGUUUUCGGAUCGACUAGUGAGUUAGCGGGAGCUGGAGAAGAUUUCAGAAAGAAUUUUGGAUAAAAAACAUAAAAAAUAAAAGGUUUUCAUACAUUAAAAAUCACUUGAAUUAACCUAAAAAUUAUCAAGAAUGAUUUUCGAACACAAAAAAGAUAUUUUCAUGCGUAAAAAUGACCAGAAUAACGUUAAGAUUCUUUCAGUAAAAUUUUUUUGAAAAAAUUGAGGAAAAAAUAGUUGGAAUUUUGAAGAAAAAAGAGAUUUUCUCGCUCCGAAAUAGCCGGAAAAAAACGGUCGAAACCUUCCAAGAAAAUUUUUUUAAACACAAAAAAAAGCUGAUAUUCAAAGUGAAAAAGAGAUUUUUUUAUGCAUUAAAAUGACAAGAAUCACGCUGAAAAUAUAUUUCCAGAAAGAUUUUUUUACAAAACUGAACUAAUUUCGAUAAAAGAAGAGAUUUUUCAUGCAUUAGAAGGACUGGAAAUACUUUGAAAAAUCUUCUAGAAACAUUUCUGAACAGGAAAAUUUUUGAAAUUCGAAGAAAAAAGAGGUUUUUCGUGAAUAAAACUGAGCAGAAUCCCUUGUAAAUCUCGUGAAAAGAUUUUUGGAGGAAAACGAGAUUUUCAUGCUUCAAAAAGAGGAGAAUACCCUGGAAAAUCUUCCAGAAAUUAAAAUGAAAUGAAAAAAAGGGAGACUAGCUAAAUCGUUGUGUAACAGGAAAGCAGGACGAAAAAAAUCAUUUUUUUAUCCGUUUUUUUCCUUCAAUAUUUCAUUUUCUUACCCCCUUGAUUUUUAAAAGGAAUGGAUCGAAAAUCGUAAUUUCAGUUUGAAAUCGAUUUUUUGAGGGAACUUUCCAGUUUCAGGCAAGGAAUAUUCGAUUUUUUAUCGGAAAAUCAUGAAUUUAUUAGCUUCGAAUGCUUCAUCCCUCGAAAAUGUUCUUUUUUAAACUUUCCUUUUCAGCUUUCCCGCUGGAGCACGCGUUAUCGUCAAACACGCCCGGGACUUCCGGGACGAACCCCGAAGGCCCGGGAUUCAACGGGACUCCCGCCCAACACAUCCAACUGCAGAACGUCCAACAAGCUGGGAUGCGAAACAACGCCUUAUCCCGGAGUAGCAGCCAAAAUGAACAGCCCGAGAGGAUCAAUGCCACCAUUGAGAGGUGCUUUUUUGGAGUAUCCUUGAUGGAAACGAAGAAUUAUUCAAUCUUUGAAAUCCGUUUGAUAUAACAGAGAACAUUUCUGUAUUCAGACUUUGAUUUUUCUCAAAAUUCUCACUCGGCUAGAAGCAUGGAACUGAGACAUCAAUCAAUAGGAUAAGAAUUAGGCGCCAUUAGGUUUCAGGCUGAGUUGGAAAAAAAAAAUGAGCGUUAGGGUAACUUUUUCUCUAAAUCAAAUAUAUUGUAGAACACGAUUUUUUGAAAAUAAACCUGAAUAUCAUCACUCGAGCCGUUUUCGAGAUACGGUAGCUCAAAGGAUUACGGUAAAAAGUUUACUUUGUGUCCAAUGAUGUGAAAAUUCGCUUCACUUUAUUUUUGACGCCCUCCACUUGAACAGAAAACUCGACAAAGAAAAGAAAUCAACGAAAAAUUCGAAAUCAUGGUACUUUAUUAAUUACCGCCAUUGUAGUUAGAAAAUUCCUGUAAAAACCGACCCUUUCUGCACAAAUUGAGCACAAUUGGCGGAAAAAAAGACGUGUAAAAAUUUUUUUAAAACUUAUCUCGUGAAUAUUUUUUUAGCAGUUCUGAAGUCUAGGUUAUAAAAAAAUCAAAAUGAGUUUCAAAAGCUUCGAUUAUACUAACUUUUGUGACAAAAAAAUUUCAGCUGGAGAGGUCAAAAAAAUAAAUUUUUCUAACAUUUAUUUCAAAAAAAUAUUUUUGCUCCAGAUUUUUUUAAGAAUUUUUUUAAUUUCCGAUUUUUUUAGAUUUCUUUCUAUAUUUUUCAAGGAUUCCAAAAAUAUUUUUGUUUUUUUCAAUCUUUCAAGAUAUUGUAGAUUUUUCAAAAAAAUAUUUCUUUCCAAAGACUAUUUCGUUCUAAAAAUUUCGAAAUUAUUUCUUUUUUUGCAUUCUUAAAAAGUACUUCAUUAUAGAUUUUUCAGGUAUAUUAUAUGCACGGUUUUCAAAGAUCUCUCGUUAUAGAUUUUCAAAAAAGUUUCUUUCUAGAUUUCCGGCGGUGUGAAAAAAAGACCAGCGAAAAUUCAAACGGCGAAUUUCCCGAUUUUUUCAUAUCGCUAGGGAACUUUCCGACGGCCACCUUUCCGACGAAUCUUUUUUUCCGACUUUUUUUCUCGAUAGUUUUUAAUCGUUUUUAGUCUUCCUAUAUAAAGUAGGUAGUUGGUUCAUGGUUAAAAACACUAAGAAAUAGGAAAAAAAAAUGUAAAUAGAUGUCUUAUGAACCGAAAAACAUAAGGAAAAAAAGUCGGUAAGUUCCCUAGCGAUAUGAAAAAAUCGGAAAAGUCGCCGUUUGCUGGUGUUUUUUUUUUCAUAUAGUCAAUGUUUCCCGACUUGAAGGCGAAGGAGGCGGGGCAAGGGGCGGGGCGGGACGCGUAGCGUGUGCGUACGCGGUUUUUGGCACGAGUUCAAUUCAAUUGUCGCCGACUAUUUAAAAAGCUCGACAACCGCUCUUUUUCGAUUUUUUCAACUAUUUUUUGAUGCACACAUGAACAUGAUCAAUAAUAAUUGAAAUAGGAAUGAAAAAAGCGAAAAACGGGCUUUUCAUAGAGUAUAUGGCGGUUGAAUUGAAUACGUGCCAAGGACCGCGAACGCACACGCUACGCGUCCCGCCUCCUUCGCCUUUCAAGUCGGGAAAUAUUGGCUAUACCACAAAAUUUUCGAAAGAAUUUCGUUCUAGAUUUUCAAAAACAUCAUCUUCUAGAUGGGAAGAAGACGAGCCUCUGGGCGAUAAAGCGACAACGGCCGCCGUCCUUUAUGCCAACGAAAAACAUGCGAAUCUCAAAGAACAGUACCCGGAAUGGACGGAUCGAGUCAGGCAAAUCCAACGGCUGUGGAGAGUUCUGAGCGCCGAGGAACGACAGGAAUACGUCAAUCGGGCCAGGGAAAACCGAACCUCCCGGGGGAAACAGCCGAGGCCCAGAAAAGUAUGAAAAUCUGCAGAAAAUGCAAGAAAAAGUCUGAUUUUUCUCAGGUCCAAGGGUCCCAAUCGGUUGAUAGUCCGACGGUUCAGUCGCCUGGACCUUCUUUCUUCCCCCAAAGGCCCGGAAUGGCGCCCGAUGACCGGUUUAAGGUCCCGGCUGCCCCUGCAGGUGAUUAGAAAAAAGUUCGAUUGAAUAUAUAAAUCUGAAAAAUUUUUGUAAAGAGUUAGGGAGUUUACUUGGCGCGAUAAAUUGUGGUUUUUUUCUAAGAUUUUUCGUUUUGAAAUUUCAGUUUUUUUAAGAGGUUUUUUUAUCUAACUUUUUAUUUUUCAACAUAUUAUUUAUGUUUAAAAUCGGUUUUUCUCUACUUAAAUAUUUUUUUAUAAAUUUGGAAGAGUUCAAAUUCGUCUUCUUGACAAAAAAACGGAAGUUUUUUUCCAAGUUUUUUUAAGCUAAGAAUUGAAGAAUUUUAGCUCUGUCUCCAGUAAAAAAAUUCCGGUUUUUUUGAUUUUUUUGGCUAUUUUUACAGUAAAAUAUUGUUGAAAAAAUUAUUUUGGUUUUUUUUUCCCUUUAGGACCCACUUCAGCCUAUAUGCAGAUUUUGCACGUGGCGUAUUAUAAUUAUUUUAUUCUCUUGCAGACGCCCCACAACCGCCUCAAGAAACUGUCCGCGUAGUCUCACAUCUGACGCCUGAGCUUCAACUCCAAUACAAGCAAAUCGGAGACCGACAGGCGGAUCUCGAAAAAAUUGCCUUCGCCAUGGAAAACGAUCUGAACAAGCAGAGGAAGCAGAAGAAGAACCUGGCGGCCAAAAAGCGGCAGAUGAUCAAGACGGCCACAACGGCUCCGGACUAUGAUGGCCGUUUGGUGCGGUUUUUCUCCCGAUUUUGAUAAAUCUACAUCAAUUUGAUGGAGUCCGAGAAAGUGAUCUUGAUCAGAAAACAUUUACGGAAGGAAAUGUUAGAUUCGAGAAGGUGUUUGGCUAAUUUUCAAGUUUUUGGCCUGAGGUUGUUUGGGGCAGUUUUUCUCUCGAUUCGGAUAGAGUUUAAGCGCGAAAAAAAAGUUAAUGAUGAAUAGAAAUGGGGUUGAAGUUAAUUUCAAACUUUUUAUGACCUUUUUGUGGUUUUUUUCUUCUUAUUUUCAAGUUUUUUUCACAAUUAGAUAUUCAACUGAAUUUUUCAAAAACUAAAUUUUAAAAAAAGUUUUCAUAUUCAUAGGUUAUUGAUGAAGAAUUGAGAUAAUCAUUUUACACUAAUAUUCAUCCAAAAAAAUGAAAUAAGACGCUCUGAAAAAGAAAUCGGAAACAAAUACGAUAUCAAAAAAAAAAAUUAAAUUUGAGGCGACCUGGAGCUAAUCUUAUUGCCGUGUUCAAAGUGAUAUCGCGAAAUUCAAAAUAGCGGUCAGAGAAAAAUUCACAUAUCGCGGAAAUCACUUUGAAGAAGAUUGAGUUACACGACGAUUGAAUGUUAAGGAUGACAAUUAGUUCUGAAAAUAAAAAUCUUAAACUAGUUCCCUAAUCAAUGAUCUUGCAGAUCGAGCUGAACGAGGCGGACAAGUUGCAGUUCCAGCAGCUGACGGAGAGCAUUCCGGUCCUUCAGAAGGAGCUCGAGAACUCCAAGCGAGACAUGAAGGCCCACGAGGCGGUCCUCCGGGAGUUCGAGAACAAGCACAACAUCCUGAGGCCGGCCAGCGAAGUCCAGCUCCUCCAGCCCCUGAUGCCCCCGCCCCAGGGCCCGAUCGACCCCGCCCGGAUGCAGAUGAUGCGCCAGCAGAUGAUGGUCCCCUCCCACCAUCCGCAGAUGGUAAAAAUCCUCUUUUCGGCUCUUUUCCUUCAAAGUUGUGACUUGUAAGUAGCCAAGGUUGGCAUACGUUUCGGCGCCAUUAAAAAAAAAAAUCUCGCCGUUUUUAAUCAUUCUGAUGCAGGUAGUCUGAGCUUAUCUUAUAUAAAAAAGUUUUUCGAAAACUAUUUCAUGCAAUUACUUCAUCACUACCUAGGCAAAACAGCUAAAGUUUAUUUUUUUAAAACUAGAACGCACCCACAGAAUGCGAAUCCCGUAUGGGGCCGCGAAAAAAGGAAUUUUACAUGUAUAGUCCAUUCCGCGCCAGCUUGUCACGAUUUUUAGUUUCUCUUGAGAAAAAGAACCCUUCCCUUCGAUUCAAGCAGCCUGUCGUUGGGCAUGCGCCUUUAAUUUGGCUUUGAAACCUUGUUUUUAGAGGCGCGUGCGCAUAGGUAGGCCCCGCACAGCUAAGAAAAGGUCACAAGGCUCUCUCUGUGCAUGCGCCUUUAAUUUAACUUUUUUUAAAGGCGCAUGCACACAGAAGAAAAGGUUACAUGGUUCUGGAGCUCGGAGGAGAAAAAACCUUCUCUGCGAUGUUCGCGGCCUGUCCCUGUGCAUGCGCCUUUAGUUUAGCCUUUUUAAAGGCGCAGAGUAGAAAAGGUUACAUGAUUCAUGAGCUCGGAGGAAAAAAAAACCUUCCCUUCGAUGCUCUUAGCAUGUCCCUUUAAAAUAUCAUUAAAAUUUGCGUUCUAUUAAAGGCGCAUGUACAAAAACGAGCUCCCCUUAUCGAAGGGAAGCUUUCCGGAAGAGUCCCGUAGCCCGGAGGAAAAUAAUAAUUAAGACUGGGAUGAGCUAUAGGAUCUCAAAUCUUCAGAUGCAGCAGAGACUUCAGCCGGGAGCGCCGCCCAUGCAAAUGCGCGUCCCCCAGCAGAUGCCCUACGGAAUGAUGAUCCACAACCCCCAGGACGUCCACAGACAAAUGCAGAUGGUGGGUUUUAGAAGUCAAAAAAUUGAGAAAAACUAAAAUUUCACUGGCUUGGGACAAAAAUGAUCAAAUUAUUGAACCCAACCUUUGAAUGAAUACUUAAAAAAAAACAUCACAAAUACGGUUCCUAAUUCGGGUCGAAAAAUAGCGAUUUUUCCGUUUUUAUAUCAACUUUUCGAUGCAUAAUAGUCUAGUUUUUUUCGCGAAAAUCUUGAAAAAUUGCGUUGUCAGGAUGAAAAUAAACAAGCUGAGAAAGUUGAAAGCAGAAAAGAAAACUUUGUGCGCCCCUGAAAAGUGCGAAAAAGUUUCUUUUAACACUCGGGCAAGGUCGGAAUGGUGCACAAUGGCCGGUAAAAGGGAGAUGCUCAAAAAAAGGCAGCAAAAAGGAACCUUUGUCACCCUAAAAGGAUUUCUAUGGAGCCUUUUCACCCUUUCCGACUUUGCCCAUGUAAGAGAGGUCACUUUAGUCGUUUUCGGUUUGAAAAGUACUAUAAAUUCGCUCAAAAACUCUUUGAAGGCAUAUAUGAAAAUUCCUCAUAGUCCCAUGUUACGCAUAUGCAUAGGCCUGAACGGAACCUUUGAAAAAGAAUAUUGUGAAAAAACAGAAAUUUGAGGAGGUAGAGACUAUGUGGGAUCUUUAUCUGAACAUUUGAAGGUCAUUAGAUCAAACUUUUCAAAAACUUCCUAGACGCAAGAUUUUUUCCAGCAACGAGCGCGAGCCGGCCGAUCAGCGGUUCUUGGAAAUAUUCCCUAUGAGCGGAUACAGAAUGUCCUUGAACGAGAGGUAUAAUCAAAGAAAAAUUGAUCGUUUAUGAGAUUUUUAAGGUCUACGAAUGCUUGGACGACGUCAUCCACAACCUUUGCAUGCGAAUCGACGGAAAAGACGAAGCCAGAGAAAACAUGGGAAUGUUGAAAAGGCUCCUCGACCCGGGAAUGAUGGCGUCGCCACAUGGCGGCGGCGCCAUGGAACCCAUGGAUGGUGGUCCGAGGCCCAAGAAGAAGAGAACCCAGCCGAAAAAGGUAGGAAAGUGGAAAAUGAAGGGGAAAGUUAGAAGAAAAGGUUACUCUUAAAGCGACAGCCCGAAAAGGUAGAAAUCAAGUUGAAAAAGGCGCUGAAAACUGAAAACUAGGGAAAAUCUGGUUUCUUUUGGAGCUACGUUGAAAAAAAGAACCCAUCCGAUACAGGUAGAAAAUUGGGAAAUGAAAGGGAAAGUUAGAAAAAAAGGUUACUUUUAGAGCUAGAGCCCAAAAAGGUAGAAGUUAAGUUAAAAAAGCCGCUGAAACCUAGGAAAAAUCUGGUUUAUUUUGGGGCUACUUCAAAAAAAGAAGCCGAAAAAGGUUAAAAAUUGUGAAAUGAAGGUGUCAAUCAGAAUAAAAGGUUACUUGUAGAGCUAAAACCCAAAAAAGUACUAAUCGAGAAAAAAAAGGCGCUGAAAACUGAAAAGUCUGGUUACUUUUGAGCUUUUUAUGAAUUUUUACUACCAAGAAAGGAUAUUAAGGGUGGGAGCGUUUCAAAAAAAAAAAGAUAAAUGAACUGAAAAGGUAGAAAUGGAGGUUAAUAGUGAGAAAAAAUUCGUGAAAGUUGUAGAAAUACACAUUUUCGGGAAUAAGAAAAACAUAUGGUAACCAAAAAAGUUUUGAUUUGAGGCAAAAAUCAGGGAAACAAGUUCAGGUUCACAAGAAGGCUGCAAAAAUACAAAAAUUGAGAAGUAGAUAAAAUUUUCGCUGAGAUAUUCGUUAGAGCACUGCGGUUCAAAAAAAAAACGAGAAAAAAGUAGAAAAUGAGAGAAAAAAUGGGAAAAGUACGAUCAUUUAGCUUUCAAGUUAGUUACCCAAGUAUUGCACGAAAAAAAUUAAAAAAAUAUUUUUCCGCUUUAUUUAUUUUUUUGAAUGAUCCUAAUUUAAUUAUAUCAAAAUGCUCUUGGAUUAAAAAUUCUUCAAACUAAAAAAAUGAUAAUAUUGAAAAGAAGUAAAACUGAAUUUUCUAAAUAGAAAUUUUGAGUAGUGGGAUUCUCGCCAAAUUUUCGGAAAUUGAUUGGUCGCAAAAUAAAAAAUGCCUUCAUUUUCAGUAGCAUAAGCAUAAUGUUCAUCAUAAUUUUCACCAAUGAUUAUUUUUAGCUCAUCCAAAACAUCGUCGCCGGUUCGGAAUAUGAAGCGUGGGUGGAGAAGAUGCGAACCCGGUUCCGACUCUGUCAAGAGAUCCCGAAACGGGCCAAGGAGCCCGGUUUCCGGAAUCCUGGUCCCGCCUUUGCUACCAUGGGCAUUACGGAUCUCCGUGUUCGGCCUGGUUGGUUUUGAAAAAAGAUGGGAUGAAUCGAAAAUUGCCGAAAUUUCCAACACGUUUUUUUUUCUCUGGAUUUCUAGAAAACCGGGAAUGUUGAUCUUUGGUUCGUACCAUUGGAAAAUAUGAUAAAUAUAAUUAUUUAUUCAUGUUUUUCAGAUCGGAAACCUUUGAGCGGCAAUGGAUUCGGAGAAAUGCAUCUUUCUUACACGGACGAUUACUACAGUGGAGAAGACCGAUCCUCGAGAGUUUUGGCGUAUAAUCUGACGUCGAUGGUGGACAUCGCCCCGCAGAUCAACCUCGUCGCAUUGCAAAAGUGAGGGACUUGAAAAUGAGCCAUAAAACAUUUUUGAUUCAGCAAAGUUCCAAUCACUUUUUGACAGAAAACCAUUGAGUUUCAAAAAAAUUCGAAAAAUUUGAAUUUAUAAUGAAUUUUUGAUUUUUUUGGUGUAUCAACACCUGUUUGAAAUGGCUAUUUUUCUCAUUUUUCAAUGCCUAAGGAGACAUAUUUUCUGAUUUAAAAAAAAUAAAAAAACAGAAAACAUCGCUCCGCAGAUCAACCUCGUCGCAUUGCAAAAGUGGGGGGCUUGAAAUGAUCCCUGAAGGAUUUUUGAUUCAGCAAAGUUCCAAUCACUUUUUGACAGAAAACCAUUGAGUUUCAAAAAAUUCGAAAAAAAAUUUGAAUUUAUAAUGAAUUUUGAUUUUUGGUGUAUCAACACCUGUUUGAAAUGGCUAUUUUCUCAUUUUUCAAUGCCUAAGGAGACAUAUUUUCUGAUUUAAAAAAAAUAAAAAAACAGAAAUCAUCGCUCCGCAGAUCAACCUCGUCGCAUUGCAAAAGUGGGGGGCUUGAAAUGAUCCCUGAAGGAUUUUUUUGAUUCAGCAAAGUUCCAAUCACUUUUUUUGACAGAAAAACCAUUGAGUUUCAAAAAAAUUCGAAAAAAAUUUGAAUUUAUAAUGAAUUUUGAUUUUUUUGGUGUAUCAACACCUGUUUGAAAUGGCUAUUUUUCUCAUUUUUUUCAAUGCCUAAGGCGAUAUAUUUAUUGAUUUAACAAAAACACAAAAAGUUCGAAAUACUCUUCAAAAAGAAAGGUCAGUUUAUCUUGCGACUAGGGGUUUUUCUGAAACUUGGCCAAAGGCUUCUUGUUGUCCCAAAAGAAUGAUCUGAAAGUCUCAAUCUUCAAAACUUCCCAGUUUUCGAGAAAAGACGCCUCAAAUUCCAAGAAAACUCUCAGAAUCCGUUAAAAGUCUUUUUGGAGCUUUGAGCCCUUGUUUCUUUGAAAAUAGGAUUUUGAGCGGGUUGAGAUUUUCAGAAUCUUUUUUAGGUACAUCAAGGAGUUUUCUGUCUUUUUUUCAGGAAACUCCCAACCGCAAAGUAAAAUGACCUCCCUUGUAAGGAAAUUUGGGAGGAGAAGCUUGAAAAAAAUAAAAAAAUUGUUGUUGAGGUUAUUAUCUUUAAUUUCUAUGUAACCGUAGAUAUUUAUUUAUGAGAAGAGAAUCUCAACUCUUUUCGUUUGCUUACUGGUUAAUCACUAGUUUUCUGGAUUGGAAAAAUAGCUCCUCUUCUAAAAUUUGUAUCCUUUCUUCAUAUCUGAAGUCUGAAAACCCAAUUUCCUUCAGUGUCGCUUUCCCACCGCAACCAGAAUACAUCUACGACGAAUUCGACGCCAAGAUGGCCUCAUCGACGGCGCUGAACGUCCUGAGCACGAUGCUGGAAAGAACUCCGCCCCUGGAACACAUCCGAACCCAUUCGAAAAUCUCCGAAAGCGGUCCGCCGAUGGAGCCUCAUCGCCGCAUUUUCUAUCAGGUAUGAAUCAGAUUGGUUUUGGCUUGAAAAUUACUUGAUUUUGCGUUUUUCUGAGGUGAAAAUUAUGACAUAUCUAAUUUAGUAAUUUGCUCAAUUUUGAAUUUUGUUUUUGAUAAAUUUCAGUGAAAAUUAUGCCUAUAUUUGACAAUGAUGGUUUACUUCAAAAAAAGAAAAAGUUUAGAGAUUCGCAUUUUUUUUUCCCUUGUUGCAUCAGGGACAUUAUACCGAUUUUUAGAAACUUAUCAAUGAUUUCAAGAAUUUUCGUUUUUCAUGGACGAAAAUUUCAGGUUUUUUUCGUUCGAAAAUCCGAUUUUUUUUUUGUUGAUAUAUUUCGCUUUCGUUAGAAAUUUGGAAGUUUAUUUUUGAUCCUGUGUAAAAUUUAAGUUUUGAAGCUGAUCUCCAUGUUUUCUGUUAGGUAAGAAACGAGAUAGGUAGCUUGAUUUUGACUUGGAAAACUAUAUUUUUUAACUUAAUUCUCUUAGGAAAGUUUGAAGUGAAAAUUUGGCUUUUUAUCAGUUUUUUUAAGGUAUUUAGUUUCAUAACCAGUUUUUUUACAAAAAAAGUAUGUACUGACAUCAAAAUUUACCUUUUUCUUUGAGAUCUCAUCGUUUCGAGCUAUUCAUUGAUCUUCUAAAGCAGUUUUUGAAGUCUCUCCGAUUUUUUUUAUCCAAAAAAAGCAGUUUUCAUCAGUUCCCAAGCUUCUCACUAGAACAAUUUCAGGAGCCCAAGAAGGAAGAAAUCGAAGUUUCUGUGGUACUGAAGGAAGAUCCGGAGGCGCCUGACCGUGGCGUCAAGGAAAUGCUGGAUAAAUUACGCGGGAUUCUGGGCGUUUCCAAGAACAUUGACUAUACUGUCGAUUCGCCACCCUUAUCGCCGAGUAAUAUCAAGCAAGGUGUGUAUUUUUAUUAUACAGGUACGAAAAUGAGGUCGUUUUUUGAUCGGCGAAUUUUCCGAGUUUUCCGUAUUUCUAGAGCUUCGAACUUAUUUUCUGAUAGUUCAGGCGAUUUUUGUUGAAUUUACGAAGUGAAAAAAAAUGGGGAAAAAACUAUUUUAAAUCAUAAAAAUCCGAGAAAUCUCCUUACUUGAGAAACUUCAUUUUAAUGAAAAAAAAAAACUUUUAGAAAGUUUUUAAGGGCAAGUUUUCCAGUUUUUUUCGUCGCUUCAGAAUUAAUUCGAUGAAAAAUGAUGUGAAAAACUGCAAAAUGAGAGAAUACAAAGGAAGAAUUGAUUUUUCCGGCUUUUUUUAAAAAAAGAAAAUUCCGGUUUCCAGUGUUUUUUUAUACACAUAUAUAUUCUAAAUGGUGAGGUCAUAAUGAAAAGACAAGAAGAACAUUCAGAGAAAACUGAGAAAAAGUUUGAAAAAAGCGUGUAGAAAUUUCGCUGAUCUUUGAUUUAUCCCGUCAAAUAGCCUUCUUUCGAAGUCGAUCCUUUUCAGAAGUCGAAGAAGACGUCAAGGCGUCGACGAGCAAAGGAACACCGUCUUCCUCGACGCCGAGGUGUAAAUUCUGCAGCAAAGCCGUGGAUCCUGGCCAGCCGCCGAUUCGUCAAAAGCUCAGUCGAUUGGGCAUUGCCCAAGGCGACAGCGAAGAGGUGUGGUUUGAAAAAAAAUGCAGGAGAAUUGAAAAAUGACGUUUUUGAUGAAUGAAUCACCAAAUAAGGGUUCCGCUAUGCUGAGAGGAGGUGGUGAUUGAUAUCAUUCUUCCUGAAAAAAAUAAUAAAAAGUAAAAAUCGAACUUUGCGUCAAUGUCAGGUCGCUUCUUGGGGCUCAAUAUUCUCAGAAUCUUGAUUUUUCAAACUUUCAUAUUUUUAUAUGUAUAUUUCAACAAAUUCUACGUAUUUUGAACCACAAAAAGCGGCCGCAAACAUCUGAAAAAUCUGUCUUUUUAAAAUUGUUUUAUGUACUAUGAGAGUGAAUUUUUAGUUUUUACACCGAAAAAAUUGAUUCGAUUUAAAAAAGAGCACAAAAAAGCCACAAAAAAAAUGUAGGUUGAAAAAAAUUGCUGAUGUUCUCAGGAUGAAACGGCGAGCUUCUGCACGAUGCGAUGUUACUAUCAGCUGAUGGCGACAUCGAAAAUGCCGCUCUCGAACGACGAGCUCGUCGCCGCCGAAGGCCAUGUCGACGAGGAGACUUUGGCCAAGUUGAGGCAGAUCAACGCCGAAAACUUUGCCAAGACGAUCAACCAGGGCAAGGUGAGCGUUGGAAGUGCUAUAAAAUCAGUAAAAUCAAGAAAAAUCCCAUAAUUUGAUUUCUCAAGAAAACAGCUGCACUUUGGAAAAGUAGUGGAAUUUUUAUAACGGUUUGAAAAUUUGAUUCGAGUUCAAUAAAAGCGAAAUUUCGCCAUAUCUAUUAAUCAUCAGUUCAGCAUUGAGAGAACUCCAAAAAAUCUAAUUGAAACAGGAAAACUCGAUAUUUAUUUUCCAAAAAUUUGAAAAGUAGGAGGACUUCCAUAUUCAUUUGAAAAAUUUGAUCCGAAUUCAAUAAAAUCAAAAUUUUGCCAAAUGCAUCAACCAGGGCUAGUUCAGUAUUGAGAAAACACCAAAAAAUCCAAUUGAAAGAGAAAAGAAUUAAUGAUCUAUUCAAAGAAAAAAAAAAACUCCAAUGGAAGGUUGUAAAAUUAUGAGAAUAUUUUAAAAUUUCGAUUUGAGUAAAAUAAAAGCGAAAUUUCGUCUUGAAAAAAUUAACUUAGGCAAAUUGAAGAUCGGAGAAUAGAGAAAAAUCAGUGAAAGAAAGAAAAAAAUGCAAUAAUUUGACUUUCUAAACCGCUGAAGGUUGGAAGAGCAGGAACAUUUUUUUAAAUCCAUUAAAAUCUUGUAUUUUUCUACAUAUCGAUUAAAAAUUGAAUAAAAUCUGCGAAAGAUUAAAAUUAUUCAUCUGAAUGUUUUUCGAUGAGUUUCAAAAUUAUUGUAAUUUUUUUGGAUGAAGUUUAAAAAAAUUCAAAAAUUUCCUCAAUGAUUUUUCAACUUCGCACAUCAAAAAAAUUGCGAAUCAACUAUAAAAAAAGUUUCAUUUUUCAAUAAUUUAUCUGGAAUUUAGAAAAUUAAAAAAACGAAUUCUAAAAAUAAAGAAACUGGGAGAGAAUAUGUAGUUUUGAAAAACCCGGUUUCUCAUACGUUUCAAGAAGUUUUUAUAUCAUAAAAACACGAUUUGAGAUCAUUGUAUAUGGUUUCAUUCUGUAUAUCGCCUCAUUAAAAAUGGUUCUUUCUGGAAAGUUUUCAACGAAGAAAAAAAUUUUUGAAACAAAAAAAUUUGUAGAAACAUCUGAUUUUUUUCAUCUUCAUUCCUGUGUUCAAAGUUUAGUAUAUUUUUAGCUGUCUUUGUAAGUUUUUUUAUCUUGUUUGGUAAUGAAGGAAAGUUUAAAAGAUGAGCCACGAUCAAAAAAAGUAAAAUAAAUAAUGAAAGCAGUGGACUUGAGGAUUAAAAAAACUCCUCUCAAGAUGAUUUUUUUGAGUUUUUUUGUUGGAUUUAAUGGUUCUUCAUUUGAAAAAUUAAGCAGAGGGACAAUUUUUUUAGAGGUCCCCGAUCUGAAAAAUAUCACAAAUUAAGAACUGUUUUUAUUUAGAUGAAUGUUUAAAAAGGAAAUGAUGAAUGAAAAUAAGGAAAGUAUGAGUUUCGAAAAUGAAAAAAAACUCUUUCAGAACGAUUUUUAGAAGAUCCGUGUUUGAAAAAUACACAGUGUGAUGAAAAAUUUCUUUUUCUGAUUUUUCUACUUUAUUUUUUUAUUCAUUUAUUUUUUUAAAAAAAUCGCUAAAUCUGAGAAAAUAAGUUUUUUUCAGAGGAUGAGCGUCGCGCCGGCUCUCCACAUGGACGGUAUGUUAUCCCCACGAGAUACUCGAUAUAUGAUGGACGAAGGGCGAAAAGAACACGUCACGGUUUCAAAAUAACCCCGGGUUCCUUUGAAAAGAAUGUUUUAAGAUAAUCAAUGUGAGCGAAUUGGCGGCCGCCCAGGAAACGGCGGCCAAAAAUGAGGCCCCCAAAGCGCCCGUCGAAGAUUGGAAGGCCUACUCGAAGGAAAUCGCCCAAUCUUUCAUCAAGAUGCAGAAUGUUCAGCAGGUAAAAAUUGAGGGGUUCAGAGAAAAUUAAUUCAAUUUAUAGUUUUUAAAUGAAAAAAAAUCGAAGGUAAAUUCAUUUUUCAUUGUCUUUGUGAACAUUUGAGGUUCCUAGAAAAGUAUUCCGAGGUUUUUUUAUUUUUUUCAAUUUGUUCCAGUUUUUUUGGAUUCAAGAGCAAACGAAGCUUAUGGAAGUAUAAUUUUAACUGAGAGAAACGUCAGAAAUUCACAAAAUAUCUAAUUGUCUUGAAAUGGGUAAAAAAACCUCUUAAAAAACCUAUAGAAAAAUGAGAACCUUUGAGAAGUCACUUAAUUUUGAUUAAAAAUAUCUAGAAAUUAAAAGUUAAGUUUUAACACAGCGAUAAAAGGUCCUUUGACAAUUCAACAACUUGGGGAAGUUAAUUUUUCUAGAAAUUCGUUCGAAACUAAAAAAUUAGCCAAAAUAUUUCAAGAGUAUUUUUUUAUUUAAGAAUCACAGAAAACUAACUUAAAAGGUCAUUUUACCUGUUGGUUGGGGAUUUUUUGGAAAUCGCCAGAAAACUUGCUGUACUAAAAAAAAAGAUUCUGAAAGUCUUAACCUGCAGAAGCACCUAGUUUUCAAGAAAUAAGGGCUCUAGGCCCCAAAAUGACCUGUUUUGAUGGAUUUUAGGGGUUUCUUCAAUUUCGGGGUAUCCUUUUUCAAGAACUAGGACGUUGUCCAGGUUGGGACUUUCAGAUUCUUCUUUUAGGACAUCAAUAAAUGAUCUGUCCAAUUUUCAGAAAAUAUUUAAUCUAAAAGUAAAAUGACCUUCCUUGUAAGGCGCUUUGAAUAUUCAAUAGCUUCGAGAAACUCCCUUUUCUAGAAAUUCAUUCAAAGUGCCAAAAUGGGCGGUAAAAAAAAACCUCGAACAGAAAAUUCCCCUAAGAAAAUCACCAAAUCCAAGGCGCUUUAACAAUUCAAAAACUUUGGAAACCACAUUUCUUCCAGGAAUUCGUUCAAAGCGCCAAAAUGGGCGUUCCGACGCCGCCGUACGAGCUCGACCAACGACGGUGCGUCCUGUGCGGAGGCCAAGGCGACGGGGAGACGUCCGUCUGCGGACGUCUUCUGAACCUGACGGACAACGUCUGGGUGCACGUCAACUGCGCCAUCUGGAGCACGGAAGUGUUCGAGAACCCCUCCGGCGCCCUCGUCCACGUCGACCGGGCCGUCAUCCGCGCCAGCAAGCAGCAGUGCUGCUUCUGCGGACGCAAUGGCGCCAGCUUGAAGUGUCAUAAGGUUUUCCGGGAGAGUGAAUGAAGAUAAUAACGUUUUUCUAGGUUGAUUGCAACAUGAACUUCCACCUGACGUGCGCCAAGAACAUUGGCGGAUAUUUUGUCAGAGAUCGGGUUGGUUUUCGGUUUUUUAUGGAGAUUGACUAGAAGAAAAUUGAAAAAAUAGACACUGUAGGAUUUCAAGAGACGCUAGAAUCCAUGAUUUCUCCCUAGAGAGCUUGAAGAGACGCUAGAGGAACCGAAAAUUCAAGUAUUUCUACUAGAGAGUAGUGAAGUUUGGAGAGACACUAGAGAAGCAGAGAAUCACAUUUUUCUCGCCAGAGAGGAGUAGAAUUUGAAAAAAACGUCAGAAAAAGACCAUUUCUCGAAAAAUUUCUUAAAAUAAUUGAAUCGUUAGGCACUGUGGGAUUUGAAGAGACGCUAUAUAAGCAGAUAACAAGGUUUUUUUUCCCGCUGGAGAUUUGUUGGGUUUGAAAAGACGUCAGAAAAAAGAGCAUUUCUCAAAUAUUCAUUAGAUUUCAUCAUUGAUAUCGAAGCGAUCAGAAGGUACUUAAGAAUGAAAUUUGCAAAAAUGGGGAAUUCGAAGAUACUUUUGAAAAGCAGAACAGUCGAAAGUAAAAAGUUUACUGAAUUAGGGGAUUUAGUUUCAUGAAGUUGUUUGAAGCUAGAAAUAGGGAGACUAGACGAGAAGGAACAUUUUUAUAAAAAUUUUGAAUCGGAAGAUUAUUCAGUUUAUUCCGAAGGAUUCCUGAGGAAACUUUGUAAACUGAACAUGAAGUUAAUUCAUCCCAAAGCGGAACAGUUUUGGAUGUUCGAAAAAAAUCGUUUGAACUUCGCCAUUUUCCAGACGUUCAUUUGCCGAAGCCACGACGGCGUCGCCCCGGAAGUCACUGUCCAGAAACUCGACGCUCUACGGCGUAUUUACAUCCAAAGGGAUGAGAAUAUCCUGUUGGCGCGGUUGGUGGAAGUCAGCGACGGCCCGAAGUUGUGCCUCCGUCUGGGCGCUUUUUCCUUCUUCAAGAUCGGCCAAAUCCUGCCCGAACAGCUCAAGGCCUUCCACAACAGCAAUUUCAUCUAUCCGGUUGGUUUGGGACCGAAAAAUAAGGGUAGAAAAGUGAAAAAAAAAGCAAGAAAGUAUGCUAUUUUCCACUCCUUUUGUUUUUUUUAUUUUUAUUUUCUUUUAGAGCUAAAAAUGAAUUUUAUCUCUCCGGCUAGUUUGGAAUCGAAAAAUGAGUGUAGAAAAGCGACGGAGGGGAAGGAAAAGUUGACGAUUUUGUACAAGUUUUAUUUUUGAUUUUGAAGUAGGGACCUGAUAAUAGAUGCAAUUUCCUUGAUAAUCUUUGAAGAUUGAUAUUUGAAAAAAAUCAAGAUUUAUUCAAUUUGAGCUUUUGUUUUCGUUUUUAAAAUUUCCCUUGAGAGAUUUUAAAUUUUCAGGUUUUGGAUCAUAACGAUAAUAAUAAAAGGCUUGAGGGUUCUUGUACGAUACAAAACGUUAUUAAAAAGUGAAAUUCGGGUUGAAGUAAAUUAAUAUAUAUAUAGUGAGACCUUGAAAUAUUACAAAUGGAAAAUUUUUUUAAAAUACGGAGUAAAAAAACGGGGUUUUUUCACAAAGUUCUAUUGAACACUUUUUAAUUGGCUUAUUAUUGAGAUUUUUCAGAAAUAAAUCCAAAUUUCAAUAUUUGAAGCUUGGGAAUUAUUCAUCAAGCUUUUCCUGAGGAAAUUUCUUCAGUUUGAAAGCUUCGAAUCUGUUUAAAACUGUUUAUUGCAUCUUCAAUGUAAGAGUACAUGUGCAAUCGACUUUCAUUGAUUUGACUGUGUUUAAACGGCGGCAGGAGCUGUGGCUUAGACAGAGAAGUUGUGAAUCUCGCUCGUAGAACAUCAGGUACAAGAGAGGCCGUAAGAAGAAGUACGGUGUGUUUCCAAAGGCCGAUGGCAGAGAUUGAGCCUUUUCGCUGCAUGCAGCUCCCAAUUUCGUAGACCGAAUCUCCGUAGACCAAUUUUUUAUCGCUUUAAAAAUUGAAAUUUGAAAUUUCAGUGCGGCUACGGGAUAACUCGAUGGUUCUGGUCUCCUUUGGACCCAAGAGUUCGGAUUUUGUUCGAAUGUACCAUCCGGGAAGUUGAACAACAGCCCCAAUUUGUCGUCAGAGCCGUUGGCAGCGAAGUUUUGUUCACGGGAGCGACGGCGACAGGUAAAAAAAAAUUUUUUUCGAAAAUUUUUUUGAUAAAAUAGUUGAAAAUUGCAUGAAAAAAAUGCGUAUCUUUGUAUUAAAAUUUGAAGAAAAAAAGUAAAGAAAAAAACAAUUCAAAGAAAUACUUUUUUUGAAAAAAAUUAUGAAAGAAAUCAGAGAACUUGUGAAAUUCUUGAGGAAUAUUGUAGGAUAUUGCAUGAAAAAAAUAGGUUUUUUUCGGCAUUGAUUUUGAACAAAAUUAUCUGUUCGAAAUGAAAAAAAGAAGAAAAAAUCUUCUUAUGGGUUUUUAUUCAGAAAGGAAAUAGAAAAUGGAUGGAAUUUUUCAGGAAAAUGGUUGAAAAAUUGCAUGAAAAAAAUGGGUUUUCCGCGGAAAUCUAAAUACUUUACUCACUAAAAAAAUGUACGAUGAAACUUUAAAAAAAAAUCGAUUUUUCUGUGAAAUUUCUAGGUUCGAAAUAUAUUAAAUAAAUCAGGUUUGAAAUGUUGGAAUUCAAUAAAACAUCGUAUCGGAAUGAAAAAUGUCUUGGUCCUUGGUUUCUCAGAUCGAAACUGUUUUUGAAGUUUGUUUGGAAAAAUAAUCAUGUUCAGAAGUUGGAAGUCUCCAAUGAAAUUCGAUUAAAAGACAGUUAGAAUGGUGGAAAGUUCUAAAAAAGGAAUGAAAAAUGAUAUUUUUGAAAGCGAAUAUGUUCUAUUUUCAUUUUGUUUAGAAGCCUGGAAACCGGUGCUGGAAGGCGUCCAGAAUACUCGAUCUCAAAUGGACGUUCUGAGAUUUUUCGCCAAGGCCGUUCAAGGCGAAACCUUGUAUGGAUUGAACGAAUCGGCCAUCACCAAAAUUACCGAAUCGGUAAGGAAAUGAGGGACAGAACAAGACGAAAAAAAACGACUUCAAAUAUAGUAUAUUAUUGAAAAAAAUGCUAAAAGCUUCGAACUUUGACUUUUUAUACACUAUAACUACUGUAGGUACUCACAGGGUUCUCAAAAAAAGCGGACAAACACGAAAAUUCAUUUAGAAAAAUAGCGAAAAAAAGUGCAAGCUGUGUUAAAAAAAUUUUUAAUUGAAGUUUGUUAAUUUUUGAAAAAAAGGGUUUUGAGGAUUUUAAGGCUUUUUCUAACACUAUAUCAAAUCUAGAAGAAAGCGAUGAAAAAAACCGAUUUUUUUACUUCCCCCCCCGGUUGAAUUUUCGAUCAAAUUUGAUACUUCAGAACCUUUUGAUUCUAGAAUAAGUUACAAACUUCCAAUAUACUUGUCAUUUUUAAGUAAUGAAGCUUCAAAUAACGCCCUUUCUCACCAUUUAGUGUAGUUUGCGAACUUAGAAGCGUCGAAAUAAAAAAACCAAUUUGAAGAAUUUUUUGAAAUCAGAAGGUACACAAGUAAACCCCAGCAAAGUGUCAUCAAAAAUUUUGUUAUCAAUUAUUUUUCCAGCUCCCCGGCGUCGAUUCUCUGUUCACCUACACGUUCCGCCACCCGAACAGUCCGAUGUUGGAUCUUCCCCUGGCCGAAAAUCCGAUGGGAUGUGCCCGGGCGGAACCUCGGUUCAGGACCUUGAUCAAAAGCAGCAAGCAGAAGCUCCACGAGUUCAACUUCACCAGACCGGCUCAUGCGGCUCAGUCAAGGUGCUUUCAGACUCCGUUUACGGUCGCUUUUUAGCACCGUAACGAAAGGAUAAUGAGGAUAUAAUUAGAAAAUUAAAAUAAGGUUGCAUUUUUCAAAAAAUAGGGAUAGUGUGUUCCGAGAUUUGAACUCAUGAAAAAACAAGAAAAAUCCAUAUUUAAUGAAAAUAACAAAAUGGAAUGACAUUAGGGAGGAUUGUAAGGAGUAAAAGGGGGGAUAUAGUCCGUCAAGACGUCGUCCAAGCUCCGCCCCUAAUGACGCGAUAAACCAAUCAGAGAGCCGGCCAUGCACAGAGUGUUUUCGAAUGACGUAAAAAUGACGUCAUUCUACUUGACAUUAAAAAUCUGAACAAAAAUGAUCAUAUAGCUGAUUCACGGCUGGCUUGAGCCAUCGAGAAAAGGGUCCUGCCACGAAAAGAGACGAGACAGUGCCCUGGUUGGUGGAGAGUGCAGACAGGCCACGCCUUUUUGCGUCCCAAGCUAGCCGUGAAUCGUUUAUAUGAAGCCUCAAAGAAUUAAUUAAAUGUUACAAAUCAAAAAAAUAAGGAUUACUCAUGGAACUGAAUCGACGACAGAUAUAUGAGAUAGUUUUCGAACUUUUGGGACGGAAUUUAAAAUUAUAAAGAUUCCAGUGGAACGGAGAGUCAAAAGAUGGUCUAACCAUUAGAAUCAAAUAAAAGAGCUUCUAAAGAAAUGAAGUGAAUUGAAUCAUUUUCAGCGGCAGAACAUCCUUGUCGGAAGGUCGGACCCGGAAUCAACGCGGCUCUUUCGCCGACGAACAAGCCGCGGCUCAGUUGAGAGCCGUUCUGGGACUGUCUUCGGAACAAGCAGCGGUAAUUGAUUAACAUUUUACUGUUAGAGAGUUUUAAGCUCAAAAUAUGGAUUUUAUGUGAUAUAGGUAAAGCGUAAUAGUUCCUUUAAGGACCCUUAGAAGGAGCUGAAAAGGUUCCGCUGAAAGCUCUUAAAAUGAAAAAAAAAACGUUUCUCAAGCUUUUUUUUCAUAGCCUUAAAAGAUCUUUUUUGUAUCCCCAGACACCUUUUUAAGCUCCUUUUCAGCAUUUUUUAAAAAAAAGUGUGAAUAAGAUGCAAAAAGGAGACAAAAAUGAUCUGCUGACCCCCAAAAAGACCUUAAUAAUGACUAUUUCUUUCAGCUAUGGGUCCGCGGACUUGAACCCAUCCAGUCGAACCAGCAGAACUUCUCAUCGUACCAGAAAAUGCGGAAAGAAUGGCGACAGACCGUAUAUUUGGCCCGGUCGAAGAUCGCCGGCCUCGGACUCUAUGCCAAGAGAGACAUUUCCAUGGGCGAUUUCAUCAUCGAGUACAAGGUGAUUAGAAAAAUGGUAGAAAUUUAAUCAGAGUUCGGUAGGAAUGACUAUUCGAAAUCUGUACGAAGUUUCAAGGCGUUUGAACCAUUUCACAAUAGUUUUGCUCAAAAAACCAUUUUGAAAUAUCUUCAUGGCCAGUACUGUAGAUGAUUCACGUGGCCUGUCUGCGCUCUCCAACAACUAGACACUAUCUCUUUUUUUGUGUCAGGACCCUUUUUUGAUAGCUCAAGCCAGCCGUAAAUGAGCUAUAUGGUCUGUUCCGCGCAAGACGGUCACGUUUUGAAAGCACAGCUUUGAAAAAGAUACCGUAUACAAAGCUUUUUUGCACCUUUGCUCUAUAGUCUGCCCAGAUGUUGAUUUUCAAGAAUUCGACCCGACCCCUAGGGCUACAGUAUCUUAACGGCGAUUAUAUAUCGCUAGCGACGAUGGUCCUUUAAUAGCGCUACAUUUUUUGAUGUUUUUGACCUUACAGCUGAAGAAAUAGUUAAAAAGCUUAUAGCCUAUUCCGCGCUUGCUUUUCACGUAUUUUAUCUUUCUUUGAGCUACAAAGUCCUUCGUUUCGAUGCGCGCAACCUGUCGCAUGCGACUUUUAGUUAGCCUCAAAAUUCCGUCAUAUUAAAGGCGCAUGCACACAGUCAGGCCGCGCGCAUCGAAGCGAAAAGUUUUGUAGCACGGAGAAAAAUGAAAAUCGUGACAAGCUGACGUGGAAUCGGCUAUUAAAGAAUCAUUUUCGCCCGCAAAAUGAAAAUUAGCAGCGAGAGGUACUCAAGGCAUUGGGGGACGGAGUUAGUUGCUUGACUUCAAAACCGGAUAGGUCAAACUGCAAAAUCAAAAUUUUCUAAGCAGAAUUUAAAAAAGCUGAUGCAGAAUGGGCUGUACUCAUCUUCAACGUCAUUAAUUUUUAGGGCGAGCUGAUCCGAAGUGAAGUCGGCGAAAUGAGAGAACGGCGGUAUACCCGAGAAGGCCGAGGCGUCUACAUGUUCCGAGUCGACGACGAUUUGAUCAUCGAUGCGACCAUGGCUGGAGGCCCGGCUAGGUAAUUUUCAGAAUUUAAAAUGGCGCGAAAUGAGCGCUCUGCGGCCACAACAAACAAAAACCAAUAAAAUCCCUUAUCUACAGGUACAUCAACCACUCCUGUGAUCCGAACUGCUCGACGAGGAUCCUAGAAGCGGGAUCAUCGACGGAAGACAAGAAGAUCAUCAUCACGGCGAAUCGGCCCAUCAAGGCUUAUGAAGAGGUAGAUUUUAUAGAUUUAGUAGGAGAAUUGUAGUGUUUUUGGUCUUUUCAGAAGCUGAUAACGCUUCAAUUUUUUAACUUUCCGUGGAGCAAAUAAGCCUCGAAACGACAAAAUAGCUAAAUUCUCUUCGAAGUCCGAAGUUAUCUUUAGAAAAAGCCUCCAAAAGUCGUCGAACUCCUACGUGGGAUAGCCUCGGUGGGGCCUGAAAAAAAGGGGAGGGACUUGGCAAAAAACGAGAAAAUGGGGGUUGGCAAAAAAACGGUUAAAAAAAGUACUUUCAAAUUCUUCGGCGUCAACCUGUAAUUCGAUAAAUUAACAGCGUGAAGGAGGGGAGACGCUUGGGAUGUCGCUCAUGCUCAUCCCAUGUAUAACAGCACCUUUUUAUCGGAAAGGUCAUUUUUAAGGGUAGAAUAAGUUCCAGAAAAAAAAGCAUAAAAGCCUAAGAAAGGUCUUUUUUUCGAACAUGUGAGGAAAAAGCUUGAACGCAACCUUGAAAUCAUCUCAAUUCUUUCCAGCUCACUUACGACUACCAAUUCGAAUUGGAAGACACGACCGACAAAUUGCCAUGUCUCUGUGGGGCGCCGAACUGCGUCAAAUGGAUGAACUGAUUCAAAAAAUGAAAAGAUUCUCCCCGGUUGAAUAAUAUUUCAAGUUUUGUAUCCAAGAGAAGUGAACAUAACCAAAGAAUCGCCGCUGGCGGCACUUUAUUGACCUCGUUUUAUUGUUUUUUACCUUGUUUUUUUGUUUUUUUUUUUCCAUUUUGAGAAGAGUUUUUUGCUUGUUUCGAUAGGCAAUUUAGGCAUCUAGGCGUUUGAUUAAGUCAGUUUUUUUGGGCAUUUUUUUCUAUUUUUUUCCUUUCUUGUUGUGAAAUUUAUGCAUUGAAGUGCACUUUUUUUGUUUGUUGCAAUCAUUUUUUGAUUAUUUUUAAUAAGAGCGAAUUAAUUUAUUGUUGAUUGAGAUUGUGCUUUUCCAUUUUUCCAUGUACUUUGUCAUUUUGAAACAAAAUGGAAUCAGUUAAUUUUUCCUGUACCAUACGAUCGAUUGUAAUUUGCCCCGAACCUUCUCAUUGUCACAUUUUUGUCUUCCUUCCGUUUUUUCGAAGGAACCCCACCUACACACAAGGCUUCUGUGUACAUACAAUGUUUUUAUCUUUUUUCGUCUUUUUUAAAAAUUAAUCAAUGAGUUGUGGAAGUAAAAAGUUCUAUUUGAAGUUGAGAUGAGAAACGUGAAAUUUGUCGAAUUCCAAGGAAAAAUGUUAUUUUUGAAGGGUUUGCGACGUCAUAAAAUUGGAGUUAAAUGACGUCAUUAGGAUUGAAUUGAAGAAGAAGCCUAUUAUAUCUGCCGGCUUUCUGAUUUUACCUGAUUUCCUCAUUUUUUUGGAUUAUGAACAAAAUCUUCGAAGCUUUGAUUCCAUAUACAAAUUAUAAAUUUAAUCAAGUUUUUUUUCUGUUGACCGUCUCCCAAUGAGAGUCGUCCCGCGCGAAGGUGUAUUGCAGCGAAGAAGGACAGCAUUCGCUUACGACCACAUCACGUUGAAAACACGCCAUCCCGUCCGAUCUGGCAAGUUAAGCAACGUUGAGAGCCGGUAGUACUUGGAUCGGAGACGGCUUGGGAAUUCGGCUUGCCGUAAGCUUUUUUGCCAGUUUUUACUCGAAAUUUACAAAAUCCGUAUAUAAUAAAAUACUUACUUCUUUAUUUUAAAAUGUAUUUAUGAAGCUCUCACAUUCCAGAUCCCUGAAACUUUAAAAAGCACUCCCAAUUUUUUUCUGUAAAACUUAAGCUCAUAAAACAAUGGAGUCUUGAAAAAAAUUGUUCAUACAUUGCAUUUUGUUAAGUUAGAAUCGGUAAUCAAAAUGAAAAAAACACAUUAUGAAUUAAAAAAAGCCGUUAAAGGGCUUUUCUACCGCUCGUCAGUCAUAUUGAAAAUUUGACCCACACUCGAAAAUUUUGAUAUAAACAAUCUAGCGCAAAAAAUUUUCAAGUUUUUUGCGCUAGAUUGCGUAUUUUCAGUAUUUUUCUGUAAAAAGUUGUUUUUACUUUAAUAAAAAUUUUUUUUUCAAUUUUCAUCAUUUUCCAAGUCUAAAGGUUUGCAUUUUUGUUUUAUGAGACUGUGUAACUUUCUUUGAGCCGGACCUCUAAAAAAAAAGAUUGAAAAAUUCUUUUUCCAAUUUUUCUCGUCUCCUUUUUGAAUAUUUCUUUCUUUUCCUCAAUCCUUUCAAAAUUUUAACGUUGACAGGCGUCCUGCGCGAGGCUGUAUCCCAGCGACGAACCACCGCCGUCGCUUACGACCACAUCACGUUGAAAACACGCCAUCCCGUCCGAUCUGGCAAGUUAAGCAACGUUGAGAGCCGGUAG